AGCUUAAAUCGUCUUGCCAGCUUCCCCUUUUGCGAUCUGCUGAUGGAGCCAAGAUGACUGUCAGAAUUUUAUGGAGCAUAUCUUUGCUGUUCUUUGGCACUGCCCUGCCUCUGUGGGCAUCUCAAAUUUCCUGCAUAAAUGAUGACGGCAAGCCAGUGGACUGGUAUGUUCUUUACAAAUUCCCUAAGCACAUGAGUCACAAUGUGGCUGGAACUGGGCUGGAAUACAUGUUUAUGGAUUCUUUGGCUCCGAUUUGGAAACCAAGCAAAUAUUUCGUCAACAUGACAGAAAGUGCUCUGGGGCAAACGUUGCAGCAGCUCUACCAAACGUACAAGUCCGAGGAAAACAGCACUGCCUAUGUGAUAUAUAAUGAUGGACCACCUAACAAAAUGAAUUACAGCUGGACACAUGGACAUUCUAAAGGGUUUUUGCUCUUGGACCAGUACCAAGGUUUCUGGGUUAUACACAGUAUUCCCGAAUUCCCUCCAUUUCCCGAGGACGGCUAUGGAUAUCCACGCACGGGAAAGUACAAUGGACAGAUAGCAAUCUGCAUAACAUUCCGAUACGAGCAGUUUGCGGAAAUAGAUAAGCAAUUGUUAUUCUACAACCCAAAUGUCUACAACUGUUCCAUCCCAAAGCCCUUUCAAGCAGAGCUCCUCAACCUGCAAACAAUGUGUGCAGGAGCACAUCUGCCUUCAGUUCCUUCAAAUCAAAGCCUUAUCAAGCUUCUGUCAGCCCAGGGAGAAAUUCUGUUCAACUUUGCUAAAACACGGUACGAUCACGAAGAUAUCUACAUCGCCUGGAUGGCUCAGAAACUGCAAACAAACUUCCUGGUGGAAUCCUGGCAGCGCAAGGGACACCGGCUGUUCUCCAAUUGCUCCCUUCCUUACCAUGUCUACAAUGUAAACCUUGUUGGCACACCAUGGAACUCCUCAUUCCCAUCCUAUUACGACCAUUCUAAGUGGUGCGUUUCUUCACGCCCUGAAGACAGAUGGACAUGUGUCGGAGACCUAAAUUAUUCCCCUCAACAGGCUAAGAGAAGUGGUGGCUUCGUUUGCACCCAGAAUCAGCAUAUUUACAUGGCUUUCAGGGCGUUGGUUCUCCAUUAUUAUGAUUGCCGUGAGUUUCAGGAAUUUACAGGUGCAGCACAGACCUCUGGUCUCUAGGUCCUUCCUGAAAAGUGCAAUUUUUCCUUCUUUCUUAAAAAAGAAAUGUUUCUGGUCCUCAUGGCUUUGGAGAAACAAAAAGAGGCUUGGGCAUGAUUUCAGGAAACAGGAUGGUUCAUUGGGCCUGUCCUGGAAGAUCAUAUCUACUUUCUUUUUUUACUCCUACAUUCUCCAGUCUUUUCUAAGGACUUUGUAUUCUGUAAAAUACCCUAAUAUCAGAAUUAGAUAUUAUGUAACUGCAAGCAGGCCUGCAUGAUUUAGAUAAUUGGUUCUUAGUGCAAAAUUGGAGGGAUAAUGUUAGUGAAGCAUGUGGGCUUCCUUGGUAUAUAAUUUGUUUUUAAGCUUGAAGGAUACCCUGCUUGAAGUGACUAAAAACACAGGUUGGGUUUAUGAACCUAGCAUGCCUACCAGUUAAGUAAAAAAAAGGAGGACAGCAUUGUUUUAAGUGUAGUUUCAGAACUGGUUCUCACAAAGAGAAAACCCGCUGAAUAGGAAAGGGGGAUAAAAUUUGAUUCAGUUUGCAUUUAAAGGCCAAACUACCACAUCCACGCUUCCUGAAACAAUACGAAAACUGAAACACAGCCAUCUUUUGCAAUUAGUAAGCGCCUGGAUUUUGCAACACAGUUUUCCAGCCAUAUACCAGUGGGGGUGGGACGUACAUGGAUGCUUUAUAUUUGGCAAAAUUACUUUGCAAAAAUGUAUGUAUUCGGAGAAAUCUACACUGAAGUGCUGAUGAAUUUUCAGGGUGUGUGUGUGUGUGUGUGUGUGUGUAUA